AUGGAGGCCGAGCGGCCAACAGGUGAAGAGGAGAGGCCUGAUAAGAUGGGUACCGGAGGCGACGCGUGCGAGGUGCAGGAGGAAGCGGGUGUUGAAGAAGCGGGCGAAGACGACGCGGGGAGUGGAGGCAAGAAGACAGGCUCGCUGGCUCCGUCUCUCCUCGCGCUUCACCCGUCAGGCUCGCCUGUCUUUGCCACCGCGGGUGCCGCUGUCCGAGGCUUCGAUAUUAGUUCGGGUUCGGCGGUCUCGUUCAAGAGCAGCGACGGUGCGGAGCAGGCGGUGUCUCAUGGCGACGCCGUGCGAGCCAUGUGCGUGGACCCUACCGGCCGUGUCAUGGCGACGGCGGGCGACGAUAAGAUCGUCUACCUCUGGGUCAGGGAGGAGCAGUCGCCGUCAAACAGCUGGAUCUGCUGUCAUAAAGAAAAGGUAUCGAAGCGAGUGAGCGCCAUGGGGUUCAGCAGCGACGGUCGCUGGCUGCUCUUCGCCGACAAGUUCGGCGUCGUUCACGCUCUCGCCGUGCCGUCGCCGGCCGACCUCGCUGCGCAGAACGGAGGAGGAGGCGAAGGCAAGCGAGCGGUGGAGACAGCGAAGCAGCUGCUGGGCCACUGCUGCAGCAUCAUCACCUGCCUCGCGGUGUCGCACGGCAAUCGCUUCAUCGCUACCGGCGAUCGGGACGGAAAGAUUCGUGUGUCCGUGUUCCCGGACCAUCCUCUGGAAGGCGCGCAUGAGAUCCAGAGCUUCUGCCUCGGACAUACAGGUUUCCUUACAGCACUGGCCUUUGUCGGUGAGCCUGCAUCAGCCAAGCACAGCGAGACUGACGGCGCCGUCGCAGCUGGCGAUGGUUCGCAGCAGCUGCUUCUUUCCGCCGCGGCUGAUGCAACGGUGCGCCUGUGGGACCCUGUAGACGGCCGCUGCCUUCAGGUGCUGCGCAUGCCGCCUCCGCCCACGCCUGCGCAGGCGGAAGGACCUUCCCCCAUGGCGGUGGACUCCGCGGGUGCGCGCGGAGAACAAGCGGAAGCAGAGGCGGGAGGCACGGCGGAGACCGAGGGUGUAGCUAAUCCUGAAGAAGAUGCGGGGGGAAGCAGGGGUGGGAAGGCAGGAUCAACAGCGGAUGGUUCGUCGCUGGUAGCAGUGGCGGUCGAUCCGAGUGGUUGUUUGGUCGCUGGAGCUGUUGCCGGCGUGCCACGCGUUUGUCUGCUCCGAUUCGACCCUUCCGCGAGCACACUGCAACUCGGUCAGUGCAUCAUGCUCAACGAUGGAGUGUCAGCCACCAGCCUUGCCUUUGCUCCGGAUGGCAAGAUUUGGACUGUAGCAGGAGCUGCAGAGUCCCUUCCGAGUGGCAAGGAUCUAUUGGCUGCUUUGCAGUGGUCUGUGACUGGGGAUGUGGCAGCAGUGGCCAGGGAGGCAGCCAAGGGGGCGUUGGAUGGGCUGUGGGGAGCAAUGAAGAAAAAAGACAUUUAUUCCAAGCACGCGCGGAGACACGCUGGGCAUGCGAAGCAGGCCGCUUCCUCGACCUCUCCCCCUCCCCCCCUGCAUCCGGCUCCCCCGCUCUUCCCCCCAUCUCCCCCGCCCGCCCAUUCAGAGCAACCCACGGACGGCAACGGCGGCGAGCAGUCGAUCCUAGCGUCCAACCUCCGUCGCUUCACGUACAAGGAGCUACAGGCCGCCACCAACCGCUUCCUGCAUUCCUUCCCCCCUCUUCCCCCGUCUCCCCUCCCUCCCCUUCUCCCAUCCUCCCCUCCUCCCCUCCCUCCCCUCCUCCCCUCCCCACUUCCUCCCGCCCAGAAUCCACGGAUGGGACCGGCGGAGAACAAUCCAUCCUAG